AUGCUCACCAAGACCAACUACUCCGACUGGGCACUGCUCAUGAAGGUCAAGCUCAGAGCCCGGUUGCUCUGGACCGCCAUUGAGAAAGGGGGCGUCGAACGCCACAAAGACAUGCAGGCGCUCGACGCGCUCUGCAGCGCCGUGCCGCCGGAAAUGUGGCCGGUGAUCGCGAACAAGGAGACGGCCAAGGAGGCCUGGGAGGCUAUCGCCACCAUGCGGAUCGGCGAGGACAGCGUAAAGAAGACGUCGGCUCAGAACUUGCGGCGGCAGUUCGACUCGGCGAAGUUCAAGGAGGGAGAGUCUGUUGAGGACUACGCGCUGCGUCUCAACAGCAUGGCGUCGACUCUCACCACCCUCGGCGACAAGGUCAAAGAGACGCAGGUAGUGGAGAAGAUAAUCCGCAGUGUUCCCCAGCGUUUCAGGCAGAUCGUGGUCGCGAUCACGAUGCUGCUCGACGUGUCGACGCUCACCGUCGCGGAUUUGACGCGUCGGCUCAAGGCGGCGGAGGAUGCCUUCGAGGAACCGCCAUCGGCUAUGCACCACGACGGCAAGCUGUACCUGACCGAGGAAGAGUGGGACGCACGGCGGAGGAAGCGUGAUGCUGAGAAAACUGGUGGUGGAGGUAGCAGCAGCGUGACACACCGUGGCAGACGCGGGCGCGGGCGCGGGCGCGGGCGCGGGCGCGGGCGCGGCCGUGGCAGCGACAAGGGCUCGUCAUCAGGCGGCCUGACGGGCAACUCAGGCCGGCCCAGCGGUGAUGAGUGCAGGAGAUGCGGGAAGCUGGGCCACUGGGCCCGCGAGUGCCGCUCGAAGCCCAAGAAAGAGCAGGCCCACGUCGUCCAGAAUGAGGAGGAGACCUCGCUCCUUCUCGUGAAGUCAACGACGGCCAUAUCGACGGCGCCGCCACCAACCUCCACUCCACCACGUUUUGCUGCGACUCCGUAG